GCUGUGCGAGACGUACGUGUCGGCGAUUUCUCCCCCAAAACCUUCAAAGUUUCCUCAUUUUUUUUUUCAUCUAAACAAACAACUAGAAUUACGCGAUUCUUUUCCAAUAUCACACGUCGUCAACAGUGUCGCUAGGAAUCAAUAAUUGAUUUGCUCAAUUAAUCUAUUUGACUAAGAAUAACUGAGUGAUAAACACACGUGAGUGAUUCAAGUGAAAUCAUUUUUUCCGAUAUGUGCCGUGGAUUUUUCCAGUGAUUAUCGAAAUUUUGGUUGUUGUUUGGCAAAAACGAAUGAUUUUUCGUGAUGUCGCGGGCUAGGAGAUGAGGUUAUGAUCCUCGGUGGAGAUACGUUUCAAUCACAUCUGUGUACUUGAAAUUUGUGUUUAGUUUUUUUUUUUUCAGUUUAUUUUUUAGUGGAAUUAGCAAGUGAUUUGAGUUUAAAAGUUGUCGCGACGGUCGGUCAGUGAAUGAUCAAUUUCUAUUUAAUUUUUUUCUCCGAUAAUGAUUGGUUAAUUAUGGAUGCGAGAGCCUCGAAGGAUACACCUGCAUUUUGGAUUUUUUGUUCGUGAAGAAAAUCCCCGGUUGAGAGGUUGGAGGAGGUCACUCUGCUGAUUUCACGGAGAGAUACGGAAUGGCGGGCAACUGGAGAGAUAACAGCAUUUUGAGAAGAGAAGAGCAUGGCGACAGAUUUGGGGAGGAUACCCUCAGAAACACGUCCAGCACUGCCAGAACAACACCGAGUAACGAGAGGAUACAACACCAGAGGAUUCGCAGACUAAAUAUGAAGAAUCCAGCAAGGGAAUUAAAGUGGAGCAUCCUCCUGCUGACAACAGUAUGCCUCAUCACCACAGCCCAAUCCAGCUUCUGUCCAACUGACUGCACCUGCGACGACGACAGCCUCGUUGUAUCUUGCAUUGGAGUUAGCUUAGACGUAAUCCCAAUUGCCCUUAAUCCAUCAACCCAGCGGAUAGUUCUGAAGGAGAGUAGGAUACGUAUGGUUGAUGCAGCUGCAUUUCAAUUUUACGGCGAUCUAAAAAUCGUUGAUCUAUCGAGUAAUCAUCUCGUAACAAUACCAGACGCCAGUUUUGCAGCCCAAAAGAAUCUUGUUGAGUUGCACCUGAGGCACAACAAGAUAUCAUUAUUAUCCGAAAAGACAUUUCAGGGAUUAGUAUCUCUGAAGGUGUUGAAUCUCCGUGACAACUACUUGGAGACUCUGUCAAAUGGACUAUUUACUUCUCUAACAAGACUAGAGGAACUAGAUCUGGGUCAGAAUAGAAUAGGCAAGGUUGAAUCUGGUGCAUUUCAAAAGCUUGCCUCACUGAGAGUACUCUAUCUUGAUGACAAUCAGCUCAAGUCCAUCCCAUCACCAGCAUUAGCACCCUUAAAUGCACUUGCUGAACUACAUAUUGGAUUGAAUGUAUUCUCAUCCUUACCGGAUGAUGGUUUCAAGGGGUUGGAGAGACUUGCUGUACUCGAUGUCAUGGACGCUGGCCUGGAUAAUAUCAAUGAGGGUGCGUUCCGUGGAUUAACGUCAUUACGUACACUUAAGCUUGGUGGUAAUAAGUUGAGGGAAGUGCCAACAAAACAAUUGUCAAUGUUAACAAGACUCGAGGAGUUAACGUUGGGACAAAAUUCAUUUACACUUCUCAGGUCUGGGGCAUUCCAAGGGCUAUCCAAUCUCAAAAAACUUGAUAUAUCAGGGGCAAAGCUACUGACAACCCUCGAACGAGGGACAUUCUCGGAUAAUGGAAACUUGGAGACACUCAUACUUAAGAGCAAUCGAAAACUAACAACACUCGAGGAGGGUGCACUAGCAGGACUUCCUAAUUUGAGACAUCUAAUCCUUCGGGACAAUGCCUUUGUCACAUUCCCAGAGAGUCUCGUUUCAUGGAAUGACUUGCAUAAAUUCGAUCUCAGUGAAAAUCCACUGAUAUGUGACUGCAGCCUGCACUGGUUGGCUUCAUUUCUCGCACCCAAGAACACGAGCGCUGUUGUUUGUGCUGAGCCAUUGGAGGUCAGGCUGAAACCAUUGAAAGGAAUGACACCUGAUGAAUUGGGAUGCGCAUUUUCGGAUCCGAGAAAGCAAGCCGUGCUAUUGACUGUAAUAGCUGUCUGUCUGGGGGUGAUUACUGGAUUGGCUCUGGUACUCUACUACAGGUGCAGGAAAAGGGUGAGAGAUGCACUCAAGGACUACAAAUGGAAAAAUCGAGCCAUCUCCAGGAAGGAGCACGAGUAUCAGAAGACAUUCUCGGACGACGAGUAUAUCGUUCGGGCGGCCCAUGGACAUCAUCAUCAUAUUAAUAAUCAGGGGCAACUUCAUCAUGGACAAUUUCCACAGCAACAUCAACAGAGUGACAUUAUUGAUGGAAAUAGUACUAUUGGUAAUGGUGGAGUUAGGGUGCAUCAUACCAGUCAUUCAUUGAGGAGAAAUCCACCAGCACUGCCAGCACAUGGUGAUUUGGAUAGAAUACAAAAUGGUGGACCCAGUGGGAGAAUUCAAAAUGGCGGACAAAGACACUCACCACCUUGUCCACAGAGUUCAUAUCCAACGUUGCCCAUUAAUGGACAUGGACAUCAUUAUCAUCAUUAUAGGGAGAGAUCGAGAGAGAGGGGAAGGGAUAGGGAUAGGGACAGGGAGAGGGAAAGGGAGAGAGAACUUCCGGUUGUGCCACACAGGGGGGAAAAGUACAGUGGGAAUAUGGAACUUGAGGUGCAUCAAGAUGGCGGCAUUGGAACUUACCGGGCGUAAAAGUCAUGGGAUUUUGCUUUGGGUGAAGAAUUUUUGGAGGGGUCCAUGAGUGAGGGAAUUUCUCGGGUAAAAACACUGCAAUCCGAAAAGUCUUCUUUUUCGAACAGACGUUCAGAAAUUUUGAGGCGAGCUCUUUGACGCGGGAAAAAAAAGAGAUUAAAUUUGAAGGCAAGGAUUUUCAAUGGAAAUUUCCCACCAGUGAGAUCUUAAUCUUCACCACUCAGUCGGUAAAUUCUAAAGACAUUUUUACUGCCGAGAAAUUUAUUUCCGUUUCUCUUUCUUUUUUGUUUGUUUGUUUGUUUUUUUUUUCUUUUUUUUUUAUAAAAUGGAAGACUGAUGGAUUUUUUGGUUAAGUUGAAUGUUGGGAGUGUGAUUUUUCUGAGGCAGCUCAUGGACAACUUGGAGUUUAUGGAAGACUGAAAGACGUCCUAAUGUGAUACGCCAUUUACCGGAAAUAUUACAAAAAUAACACAUUUCGUUCUAUUAGUGGGGGAUUAUUAUCUCUACAUUUUUUACACUUUUUUUAAUAAUGUAUUCUGUGCGAUUAACAAAAUGGCGUCUCCGCGGUGUUCUUGACUUCAGUGAUGCAUCAUUGGUGUUUUUGUGUAAGAGAAAAGUUAAAACAUAAACUUUGUAAACUUUCCUGUAAGUUCGAUAGUGACAUAAGAAAUAUGAUAAUGAGUCAAAAAUAAAAUCUCAUUAUAUCGAAUUUCGUGAAAUUCGAUGGAAGAAAAUUAAUUUGAUGUACCUUAAAUUAUCAAAAGAAUUGGUAAUGCGUGAGGUAUUUCGACCAGUUUUUUUUUGUCAUAUAAAUAAUAUAUAAAAAUAUAUAUUCUAAACUGUCGAAUUAUUUUCUCAAAAAUGAUGACAAAAGAGAUGUGACAAAUGACUAAGGAUAACACCACUGUUUCUAGCAAAGGGAGAUACAAAAAUGAACAAAAGGGAUUAGAAUUAAUUUUAGGAGAAAUGCCAUAGUAUUUACGCAUACUUGUGUAUACCAGUGUUCAUAAAAAAAAAUAAUAAUAAUCCAGCCUGUGGGACGGUUUUACGAGCAUCUGGCUGGGAAAAUUUUCCCUCUGCAAAAUCCGGAGAUGGAAAUAUUUUUUGGCCAAUUUGUUGUGAAGUUACGGCGAAGCAAAAAAAUGGAGGUCGAGUUGGUCGAUCGAUAUCUCAGGAUCUAUGAGGUUAAAAGAGAUCGUCAUUCUGGAUUUUGAGAUGGGAAUUUUUCCAGCCGUACGAUUAAAUACUUUUCAAUAUCAUCCACUGGUGAUGAGAUAAAAAAAAAUUGCGGAUUAUUGUGAGUCGACGAUUUUUUAAGAUUAAUACACGUUGAAUGACGAUUUAUUUCUCUCUCCGAUCUGAAAGAAGACCUCAGUACAACGAAAUAGCGAAAACUUCACAUAUUCCGCAAUAAAAAUGCGCCAAGACGAAAUAAAAAAAAUGAAUAACCACAAAGUAGGGUAAAUUUAAGAGGAGGAAAAUGUUUAUUGAAUUAAUGGGAAAUAUAAUCCAGUUCAUCAGUUAUUUAUUAAUUUAUUUGAUUAUUUAAUUAUUUUCAUGGAGCAUAAAAAUUUACUAGGGAAAUUUAAUAAUCCCUCCCAAUUUAUGAGGGUCAUUUUCUCGAAUUUAUCUCAAAAGUGCGUCGUUAAAAAAAUUCUUAAUACGACGAUAUAAAGUGAUAAUUAAAAGUCACUCACCAUAAAAAUAAUAUAAACAUUUUUUUAAUACACCAUCUGUUGCAUUACACGCGGGCAGGUCCCGGAAAAUCGUAAAACCGUUGAUGCAGGAGGAUUUUAAGAACUCAAAGUAAAAAUGGAAAUUGAGAAGAACGAAAUGUAAUUAUUGAUUGAUAGAGGAGAUUAUCAUGAAAUGAUAAACCUUCACGAGGAGAAAAAUAAAUUCUUUAGAGAAUAUCUUUGGAAUGAGUGGAUAGAAAAAUGGAAAAUGUUUUGAGAUAUUUUUAUUGAGAAUUUAGUGCUCUAAAAAAAUUUUCUCGACUUUUCCUUUGUGCAAUCACGCGUUAAUGAGAUAUUCUCAUCUUUUUCUGUGAAGUUUUAUCACUCCAUCAGAAUCAUUUUAAGGUUUUGUAAAUUUUAAGAAUUACGAUAGAAUGAGUUCGUAUCGUGUUUAUGGUGAAAUAUACACGUGUCGUUAAUGCUAGUCAAAUGAGAAAACGCAAGAUCAUUGAAUGAGAAAAGACGAGAGGAGUAAUUUACGA